AGAUUGAUCAAGCAAAACAAAGUGGACAUUUCAAUAAUAACAUUCGCGUUGAGCAAUAUAUGUUUUUUUUAUGACUUCUCUUAUGGUACGUUAUUAAAGUUAUGAAUUCAAAACAUAAUCCGACUGACCAUUCGAAAAUGAGUAUUUUUUGUGGAUGUGGACUUGUAGGUAAGGAGGGGACACAUUUCAGAUGUUGACACGCACAGCCAUGCUUCCUUUCACGAAAGCACCACAAAACUCGAUAUUAAGCUCUAUGUGUUUACAGAUCACAGUUUGUUCGUUUAAAAACAUCUUUUAAUAAUUUUUUUAAAGUUUGCAAUACAUGAAUUACUUGCAAAUUCCGAUAAAUUUGAUAUAUAUAUGAGUUCUUUUUAGAUAUAUAAUAUACAUUUAAUCGUUGAAACAUAGAUCUAUUGUAGUUGCUGUCUCAUACUAGAUGUAAGAAUAUACAAGUUAAAUGAUCUUUGAUCUAUUUAUCUCUCCAUUUAAUCGGUUUAUCACUGUAUAUAUAAAUACUUUUAUACAUAUAUAUAUAGACACAUAAACUUUGUAUGUGCUAUUUUAGUAAUUGCCAAGUAUGCAUACAGUAGACACAAAUAUUAAAUGUUCAUUUUUUUAUUUUUUUUGCUCUUGGAUUUAAAUGUUUAACACAUUUGAAUUUCACAAAUAUCAUUCCAACUCAUGAAGGCGAUUGUUGCGGCAAGAAUUUAUGUUUAUAUAUAUGUAUAUAAAUAUAUUUCAUAAGUUUAACCGCACUUUGCAUGAACAAGCGCUUAUGGAGUUCCAUACAAUACUUAAUAAAACACAUUAUCACAGAUUUUGCUUUUUAAAUUAAUGUUUUGCUAUGUUCACUACUGUUUUCCUUUAUUUGAUAUACAACAAAUGAUGCAUUUGGUCAUUACUUUGUAUAGCCAUCUUUUUUGAAAUUUGCUCGCUACAUUUUGUUAUUUUUUAAAUUCUAAAUUUUUCCUUAGGUUAUUUUUAUUCAAUAAGUUUACUCAACAAGUGUUAAGCACUAGGUUCGGCUGAGAUAAGUAUAAUGUUGGUUUGGUAAGAGUAAUUAGUCUAAGUCUCGAAAUUAAUAGCAUAGUUACGGGCCUACUACUCUUAAAGAAAGUUGCAAUAUGUUACGAUCACAUCUUCCAAAAUGGAAGAUGUUUUCGAAGACAGCUCAAUCGCUUGCAGCCGGCAGCAUCGAAGCUUCGUAAAUAAACUGGAUUCAUUUUUUGCAGUGUCCAAGGAGAAUUCACCAGUCAACGGCAACACCACAUCUGCUGAAAAUGUAGUAAAUAACAAUAAUAAUGAAGGACAACAAGUUUCUAAUGUGGUGCCAAGGUCAAUAGCAGCAACACCCUCAUUAACUCCAUCAUCAUUCUGUUCACCAACAACAGCCGCAACAGCAACGGCAGGUACAAUUGCAGGUAGGUCCGGUGCACGUAAGUCACCCGACAACUGCCAACCGACCGUCAACGCAGUCCCACUCCACCCACAGCAACAACUCCAAAAACGUUAUCAAGUAUCAGAGCAACAGCACAUACAACAACAAUAA